AUGGAUACUCAAACUGCUAUGUCCUUGCUCAAAUCCAUCCGCUCCCAACUCACCAUCGACUUUGAUGCUGACCUUUCCCCGCCAGUCGCGACCACGCUGGGACCCCAAGACCCCGAGCCAACCGAUUCAAGACGUGAACUCAUCGACUCCGAGCCAUUCCCAGACUACGACGACGAGUCGACCGCAGCAGAUGAAGUCGAACAGGCAUACCAAGAUGCCUUCACCGCAGCCGUGCAGGAAGAGAUUCGCACCCGAGUCGUGGAACUGAACAUCUUGAUCCUCGAUCAUAUACCGGUAGACCAGAGGUUGAAAACACUGGACGCCAUGAAAGGAUCCCUCUCUCACCCCCAGCUUCGGUCUAAGACCCGCAUGAGAUUUAUUGCGCUAACUAACAUGGUCAUUCGUCUGGAAAAUGCCCUUUUCUCCGUCUCCGAUGAAGAGUCAUUUCUCAACCCAAAGGCCACGACAAAUGCCCAGUCAAUUGCAAAUGUGAUACUCGCUUUUGCCUCAUGGCUGGAUGGUAUGAUGCAGGAGCUACUCUCGAUAACUGGCUCCGUGGAUUACAUGUUGGGACUAUUGAUCGUCGAGGAUGUUGCUUGGGUGACCAGAUAUCGACGGAUGGCACUGCUGGUCUCAACACAUCUCAAGAAACCACGACGCCUUGAAGAGGUCCUACUGUCCAUGUACCUCGAACUUUAUGAUGAGUGGGUUCACAAUACGUUCCUUCGACUACGAAACGCCCAGAUCACUCAGGAGGAAAACCUUGAUUUUGACCGUCUUCAACUAACUCGCACACUUCAUGCUAUCUGGGAUGUUCUUUCUCGUGCUAUCGAGAGGUAUGGCAUCUAUCGGGAUGCCCUGCACAGUAUCAAGGGUCGAUCCUUUUCACCGGCUAUAAUAGAACUAUCUGGUUCUCAAGUGGCACGCUGCUUCGAUGAAGAUACAGUGUGA